CAGACAGUUUCCCACUUCCGUGAUGUAGCGAGGAUGCCGAUCUGACUAGUGCUUCAUGGUAUCUCAUUGAAGUAACAACCGUUAUGCACGGGAUUUUAUUAGGCAAGAAUGACCAUCAAUUCUGGAACAAUAAAUAUGGAUCGAAACCACAAACCGAGACAUAUGGUGUUUUCAAAGAUGGAGAAACUGAUAUUCCAGAUGCAGAACCCCAAAACCGGUGUUCCAGUCAAGUGUCAGAAAACAUUCCUCUCCACCAUUCCAUCAGUAUUCACAGGUUAUGACCUGAUCACCUGGCUGCGGCACCAUCUGAACAUCAGUGAGGACGACGUGAACGAGGCACUGCACCUGGCCCAGCUGCUGUGUCAAUAUGGCUACUUCUUCCCCAUCACAGACAAUAAGACCCUCGUCGUCAAGGGGGACAUCUCGCUCUACAGGUUCCAGUGUCCCUUCUACUGGGCUUCGCAUAAUGCAGAACCUGACAAUAUUACAUAUGCAAUCCAUCUGACCAAGCGAUCUAUGCGAAAUAAACAGAAACAUGGCUUGGAAGAUUACGAACAGAAUGUGUACAUCAAGCUGCAAAAAAUGUUGUGUGAUAAGUGGGACACAAUCCAGACACAGGCGCAAGACCAAGUCAGAUUGGCUAAAGAGAGAAAGAGGACAGAUAAAGUCAUCACUGACAGUCAAGAGAGAGCUUUCUGGAGAAUACACCGGCCACCGCCUGGACAGAUGAGGGGAAUUGAAGAAGGGCCAAAGAGAUACUUCAUGAUUAGACAGAUGGAGGACCGUAGAAAGAAUAAGGACUUUCUACAGAAACGGGUUCGAUAUCUGAGGAAUGCAGUGAAUAGAUGUAGGAUGAAGACACUGAAGGCAGUUGAGAGCUACGCCCAGAGACAUGAGCAGUACCAAGACAACGACAGUUUCCUGACUGCGGUGUUGCCCUCCAACCCGUGGAUAUCUGAAGACAUCACAUUCUGGGAGCACUGUGAUGACUACAUCGAAAAUCCGACUGAGCGUCGAGUGAAGAAGUGGGCAUACAGUUUUCACGAGUUGCUGUCCGACUAUGUGGGCCGGGAAGAGUUUGAGAAGUUCCUCAAGAAGGAAUACAGCCAUGAGAACAUCCGCUUCUGGAAGGCUUGCGAAGACCUCAAGUUCUGUCCCCUCUCCAGGGUUGCCAUCAUGAUUGACAGGAUCUAUGAUGAAUUCUUGAAUCCUGGGUCAGCUCAUGAGAUCAAUAUAGAUGGUAAAACAAUGGAAAUUGUCCAGCAGAACCUAAAGAAGGAAAAGCCAGACAGGUUUACUUUUGAGGCUGCUCAGGAACAUAUCUUUCUGUUGAUGAAGAAAGACAGCUAUGCUCGCUUUCUUCGAUCUGAACAGUAUAAGAGUCUAUUGGCUAAUGCACUACAACCAGGGAACAAGAAAAAGCUAUUAAGCAGUAGCAUGUUCUUUAACUUUGGAAGUCGUAAGAAGACUCUCACCCCCAGCCCCCAGCCAAAGAGACGAAGCAGUGCUGGUAGUGACUUCGCGGAUGGCGCGGGAUCGGUGGCACAGCACUCAUACAGCACGGGGAACCUCCGGGAGCUGGAUGACAAGGCCGUCAUAAUGAGGAGAGAACAGAAUUCUUCAGAUUCCAGUCUUUCAAGGUGGUAUAUUUCCAGUGAGACGUCCCCUACCAGGAAGUCAGAGCUAGGUCUGCUAGACAGCCCACGCGGAGCAAGCAGUUGGAAGUGCCAAAACACCUCUCCCUUCACAUGGGCGGCGAGCAUUCGAGGGGGGAACCCUCGUCCUGUCUGGCGAUUGCCGUCCCUAGCAAGACAAACAUCGUGGCCCCAUGGGAGGGUCCGCAAUAGAUACAUCUAGCCCUGCUGUGUUGGCCCUCACAGUCAAAGCAUUCAGCUUGUCAAGGUCAAGGUUAUUCGCAGAUAUGUAUGCAGUGUGCGAAAUACUUUCCAGAUUUUGCUAGCCUAACUAUGCCUGAAAGUUACUAGCCCACAAAAUAAUUCACUAGCCCGAAAUUUGAAUUUAUAUACUAAGCAAAA